AUGGGUAGAGAAGAAAAACCCACAAAGAUGGAAAUUGAUCUAUCUUUGAAGAUAGAUUCUGAUGAUGAGCAAAAGGAAGAAGCAGCAAAAGUAGAUGAGCGAAUGAAAGAGGAUGAUGACAAGGAAGAAAUGGCACGGAUACCGGAUAAGGAAGAAGUUCCUGAAGCCACAGCUGGUGAAAUAGAAGAUGAUGCAUCGGUGGUAGAAAUAUCUAUGCAAGAUAACACAAAAACAAGAGAGUUAAGUGUCUUACAAAUGGAGAUGGAGAGCAUGAAAGAGGAAAACAAAGUGCUGAGGAAAGUUGUGGAACAAACAAUGAAAGAUUACUAUGAUUUGCAAAUGAAAUUUUCAGUCAUUCAGGAAAACAAUAAAAGAAAGGAUCAUCAAAUUCCUCUCUCACUUCAAGGCAAUGCAACCACCAACGGUGAAGGACCAUCUAGAAUUCUUGAGAUCUUUAACACAAAAAAUCAAAGAGCUCAAUCCCCACCAAACACUGAUGAUAGUAUAAGCGAAAGUGAAUUGGGUUUAUCACUAAGGUUGCAAACAAGAAGCACAAGUCAUCAAAAAGAAACGGAGGGAAAUUAUAAGGAAGACAAAAACAAAGAACAAUUGACAAAUUUUGCAUCAGAGAUGAACAAAUUACAGCGGAGAGAUUGCUUGCCACGUAUUACUACACAUGCUGCCUCCCCUCCUAAUAGAAAAGCUAGGGUUUCGGUUAGAGCAAGAUGUGAGGCCGCCACAAUGAAUGAUGGAUGCCAAUGGAGAAAAUAUGGACAGAAAAUUGCAAAAGCAAAUCCAUGUCCACGAGCCUACUAUCGUUGCACUGUAGCCCCAGGCUGCCCCGUUAGGAAACAGGUGCAAAGAUGCAUUGAUGACAUGUCAAUACUAAUUACAACCUAUGAAGGAACACAUAAUCAUCCACUCCCUGUGGGUGCAACUGCUAUGGCUUCUUCAGCAGCAGCUUCCUAUAUGUUUUUAGAGUCAAGCAAUCCUAUUUCAGAUAACACCUCUAGUUUUAACCAAGCAUCACUUCCUUACAAUAGCUUCCACUCAUUAAACCCACCUUCCAAUAUUAGAAGCAUAAACCCUAAUGAUCCAUCCCAAGGGAUUGUUCUUGAUCUCACUAAUAAUCUCAUGAGUGGUAGUAGCUCCUCCAAUGCCACAACUGAGCCUCGUUUUUAUUGGAUGCCAAACAAAUACCAGAGCAAUGCUAUUGCUAUGAACAAUUUUCACAACCCUAGACCAGUGGAACAAUAUCAUGAUAGGAUUUGGAAAGGAGAAGAAGGUAAGCCUGCACUAGAUGACAAUGUUUCCACCAUUGCCUCAGACCCUAAUUUUAGGGUUGCUGUUGCAGCGGCAAAAGCAUCAAUGGUGAAUAAAGAGAGCCACGCUACUCAUCCUAUUAUAGGGACUUCUUUUGGUCCUAGGAGUGGGCAAAAUGGUAGCUCUAGUAGUAAAAAUUGGAUCAUAGAAUCUCUCUCAACAAAAGGUAAGCCAACUUGA